AUGACAACCUCGUCAGAUAUGUGUACUGGCGUUCCAGAUGCCAUUCUUCUAGGCAGUAGCCACAAGGGUAAAAAGAGGCUAUUGUCUGUGUGUCCAGGGGCACAAGAUCAAGAAGAAGACUCAGCCCACCAGCCACUACCUCUUAAGAAAAAACGACUAGAUCUUAAUUUACAUUUAGGUCUUCCGGGGGUUGAAGAAAAUGUCCAAGCUAACCCAGCUUCUUCAUCACUAUUAGCAAUUGAAUCCACAGAUGGAGCUAGUUUGGAAGGUGAUCAAACUGACUUUAAAAUCUCUCAAAUCAAGCAGGUAACAUGA